AUGGCACGCGUAAAGAUGGGUCUCCUCGUGCUUCUGUGUCUCCCCACGUUCCUGUUCCGCGUCCUCGUGCUCUCCCAUAGCAGCAGCAUCUACGAGAGAUCGGUGGUCCCACGCGCUGUGUCCCGUUCCGUGGCCCGGAUGGAUGGAGACGUGAUUAUCGGCGCGCUCUUCUCCGUCCACCACCAGCCUUCUGCGGAGAAAGUGGCCGAGCGGAAGUGCGGGGACGUCCGCGAGCAGUACGGCAUCCAGAGGGUGGAGGCCAUGUUCCACACCUUGGACCGGAUCAACGCCGACCCCAACCUGCUCCCCAACAUCAGCCUGGGUUGUGAGAUCCGGGACUCUUGCUGGCACUCCUCCGUGGCCUUGGAGCAGAGCAUCGAGUUCAUCCGGGACUCCCUCAUCUCCAUCCGGGAUGAUAAGGACGGGUCCAAAUGGUGCAUCGAUGGGACCCCGUCCAACCAGCCCCCGCCCACCAAGAAACCCAUCGCCGGGGUGAUCGGGCCGGGCUCCAGCUCCGUGGCCAUCCAGGUGCAGAACCUCCUCCAGCUCUUCAACAUCCCGCAGAUCGCCUACUCUGCCACCAGCAUCGACCUCAGUGACAAGACUUUGUUCAAGUACUUCCUGAGGGUCGUGCCCUCGGACACCCUCCAGGCCCGGGCCAUGCUGGACAUCGUCAAGCGGUACAACUGGACCUACGUGUCUGCGGUGCACACUGAGGGAAACUAUGGGGAAAGCGGCAUGGAGGCCUUCAAGGAGCUGGCCUCUCAGGAAGGCUUAUGCAUCGCCCACUCGGACAAGAUCUACAGUAACGCAGGGGAGAAGCACUUUGAUCGCCUACUGAAGAAACUACGCGAACGUCUGCCCAAAGCGCGCGUGGUGGUGUGCUUCUGUGAGGGCAUGACCGUCCGAGGUCUUCUUAUGGCCAUGAGACGACUGGGUGUGUCUGGCGAGCUACAGCUAAUCGGCAGUGAUGGGUGGGCAGACCGUGACGAGGUCGUGGAGGGCUACGAGCAGGAAGCAGAGGGAGGAAUCACCAUGAAGCUGCAGUCUGCCGUGGUCAAGUCCUUUGACAACUAUUUCUUGAAGCUGCGGCUGGACACCAACACCAGAAACCCCUGGUUCCCCGAGUUCUGGCAGUACCGCUUCCAGUGCCGCCUGCCGGGCCACCCACAGGAGAACAAGAACUACAAGAAAGUCUGCUCUGGAAAUGAGAGUCUGCAUGAGAACUAUGUUCAGGAUAGUAAGAUGGGAUUUGUGAUCAACGCCAUCUAUGCCAUGGCUCAUGGCCUCCAUGACAUGCACACUGAGCUGUGCCCGGGGCAGACGGGGCUCUGCGAGGCCAUGGACCCCAUUGAUGGCAGCAAGCUGCUGGACUACCUGCUCAAAACGUCUUUCAGGGGAGUCUCAGGGGAAGAGGUCUAUUUUGAUGAAAACGGAGAUACCCCGGGCAGGUAUGACAUCAUGAAUCUCCAGAGUGUGGGUGAUGGUCACUAUGACUACAUAAAUGUGGGCUCCUGGCAUGAGGGCAUCCUGAACAUCGACGACAACAAGCUGUGGAUGAACAACAGUGAAGUGGUCCGUUCAGUGUGCAGUGAGCCCUGCUCCAAAGGACAAAUCAAGGUGAUUAGGAAGGGGGAGGUGAGCUGCUGUUGGAUCUGUACCACCUGCAAGGACAAUGAAUACGUACAGGACGAGUUCACCUGCAAGGCCUGUGAGCUGGGAUGGUGGCCCGACGAGGAACUGGAAGGUUGUGAGCCGCUUCCCUUGAAGUAUCUUGACUGGGCUGAUGUGGAAUCCAUCGUUGCCGUGGUUUUCUCCUGCGUGGGCAUCCUGAUCACCUCCUUUGUCACCUUUAUCUUCAUCCAGUACCGUGAUACGCCUGUGGUAAAGUCUUCCAGCCGAGAACUCUGUUACAUCAUACUCGCAGGCAUCUUCCUGGGCUACAUCUGUCCGUUCACCUUAAUCGCCCGCCCCACUGUGGCUUCCUGCUGCCUGCAGCGUCUCCUGGUGGGCCUGUCAUCUGCCAUGUGUUACUCCGCCCUGGUGACCAAAACCAACCGCAUUGCCCGCAUUCUGGCAGGCAGCAAGAAGAAGAUCUGCACCAGGAAGCCUCGUUUCAUGAGCGCCUGGGCCCAGGUGAUCAUUGCCUUCAUGCUGAUCAGUGUCCAGCUGACUCUGGAGAUCACUCUCAUCAUCCUGGAGCCCCCUGAACCCAUCAAGUCCUACCCAAGCAUCCGUGAGGUCUACCUCAUCUGCAAUACCAGCAAUGUAGGCAUGGUGGCGCCACUGGGCUAUAACGGCCUGCUAAUCAUGAGCUGCACCUACUAUGCCUUCAAGACGCGGAACGUGCCGGCCAAUUUUAAUGAGGCUAAAUAUAUUGCCUUCACCAUGUACACUACCUGCAUCAUUUGGCUGGCCUUUGUGCCCAUCUACUUUGGCUCCAACUACAAGAUAAUCACCACAUCAUUCUCUGUCAGCCUGAGUGUCACUGUGGCACUGGGGUGCAUGUUCACACCCAAGAUGUACAUUAUUAUCGCCAAACCAGAGAGGAACGUCCGGAGCGCCUUCACCACAUCUGAUGUGGUGCGAAUGCAUGUCGGAGAUGGGAAGUCUGCAGCUCCCUGCGGGAGCAACAGUCUGCUCAAUAUGUUCCGCCGGAAGAAGAAUCCAUCUAACACUGCCAAUUCUAAUGGCAAGUCUGUGUCAUGGUCUGAAUCAGGUGCAAGACACCCUCCGAGGGGGGGGAAUGUGUGGCACAGACUGUCUGUGCAUGUGAGGAAACAGGAAGCCGGCUCGAAUCAGAUGGCGGUCAUCAGGCCCCUAACUAACACCCCCGACCCCCACAGUUGUGAGCCCACCACCCACGACCUUGGCACAGACCCCCACCUCCCCCAAGAGCUACCUGGCGCUAAGGCUCUAUACAACCUGGCAGAGGAGGACGACGAGGGGGAUGUGCAACGCCCUCUCUGGACUCCCACGUGCUCUGGACCGAUCCAAGGGCUGGACUCCGAUUUAGAUAAGCCGACUUCUUAUUUGCCCACUAACUUGAUGAGCUGCACCACUGAGCGCUUGAAGGGGGCAGUGGUGGAAACACACAGCUCCAAUGCCCCUGCACUGAAUGAUAACACCACUAAGGAGGCAAUCCCCUCCAACGAGCCUUUGAGCUUGGUCCCCUCUCAGCUUCCUUUGGCCCUACAAGUGGGGGCCUUUGGAGAGGAAGGGCCAGAGGGUGAGGACCUGGACCUCUCACACAGCUACAUGUUUGAUGCCAAGGAAGAGGAGGAGGGGGAAGGGGAUGAUUUCACUCAGAGCAAGCUAACUCUGGAGGAUUCCCUGGCUCUGUCUCCCCCCUCCCCCUUCAGAGACUCGGUGUGUUCGGGGGAGUCUGGCAGCGGCUCCCCCGUCGUUGAGUCGAUCCUCGGUAGCCCUCCGAGCUCAGUCUACACCUCAACUCUCCUCCGAGACUUCGCACAGAGCUCCUCAACACUGUGAGAGCAGAAUGGGCACUGACACAGUCGCUAUCAGCACACUUUCACAUCACA